AUGACCAAGGUGAAGAUCAGCCGUUGCUAUUUUCCGGGAUACGAUCCUGCCAGCUACGAUUCGCUCCAGCUACACAUUUUCGUCGAUGCGAGCGAACAGUCCUUCGCUGCGGUCGCAUAUUUCCGAAUCGUCGACAGGGGAGAGGUUCGAUGCACCCUUGUCUCAUCGAAGACCAAAGUAGCGCCCCUGCAAACACUUUCGAUGCCGCGACUAGAGCUUAUGGCGGCCUUAAUAGGAGCUCGUCUGAGGCAAACCAUCGUAGAUCAUCAUUCCGUGAAGAUAACACGCACCUUUUUCUGGAGUGAUUCUACAACGGUAGUCGCUUGGAUUAAGUCGGACUCACGUCGCUACCGCCAAUUUGUCGCCUUUAGAGUCAACGAAAUCCUGAGUUUGUCUGCGGUGGAUGAAUGGAACUGGAUCGAAACGAAAACCAACGUUGCUGACGAAGCAACAAAGUGGGGCAAAGGGCCAUCAACCGAAAUCGAAAGCCGCUGGUAUCGUGGACCUGCAUUCCUGUACGACCGAGACGGUGAAUGGUUAGAAGAAAACGUGGAAAAUACAAACGAAGAACUUCGACCAGCAUUCGUCUGUCCGCAUUUCAUCGUCAAGCCAACAGUCGAAUUUAAACGCUUCUCCAAGUUCGAGCGUUUGAAGCGGAGCGUUGCGUAUGUUCAUCGAUUCAUCGACAAUCUUCGUCGAGUUUCCAAGGGAACUACUCGAGAAACAGCUGUAGAGCUAAACAGAGAUGAGUUACAGAAAGCGGAAAUGACUUUGUGGAAGCUGGUACAAUCGGAUGCAUAUCCGGAUGAUGUGACAACGAUGAAGCGUAACAUGGAUCCGGGAAACGAAGAAAAGCGAUUGGAGUGUUCGAGUAAGAUUGCAAAGUUGCCGCCGAUGAUGGAUGAGAACGGAGUCCUUCGUGUAGACAGUCGGAUCGGUGCGGCGGAGUAUUUGUCGCUCGACGCAAGAUACCCAAUCAUACUACCACGAGAACAUCGCGUGACGGAGCUCCUGCUGGAUUGGUAUCACCGAGAAUUUCGCCAUGCUAAUGAUGAGACGGUGGUAAACGAAGUUCGCCAAAGGUUCUACGUAGGCAAGUUGAGAACAUGCGUACGAAUGACGAAGACUCGAUGUACGUGGUGUCGAGUGUACAAGUCGGUUCCAGUGACGCCAAAGAUGGGACCACUACCAACCGUGAGAUUGACGACACAUGUCCGCGCUUUCACUUUCGUCGGAGUCGAUUAUUUCGGGCCGUACUUAGUCAAGGUUGGACGGAGCGUGGCUAAACGUUGGGGAGUGGUAUUCACGUGCUUGACAAUAAGAGCCAUACACAUCGAGGUAGCAAGUAGCCUGACAACCGAUUCAUGCAAAAAGGCAUUGCGUAGAUUCAUCGCUCGACGUGGAGCGCCGCAAGAGAUUUACUCCGAUAACGGUACAAAUUUUGUUGGAGUCAGCCGGGAGUUGGAAAAGGAAACGAAGGACACUUAUACGCAGUGGAGGUUCAACCCACCCUCAGCGCCACAUAUGGGAGGCUGCUGGGAACGGAUGGUCCGGUCCAUUAAAUCGGCUCUUGGAGCGAUUCCUUCGGAGCGUAAGCUGGAUGACGAAUCGCUGGCAACACUCUUCGCUGAAGCUGAGAAGAUGAUAAACUCGCGGCCGUUGACUUUCGUUGCUCUGGAGACUUCAGACCAGGAAGCGAUAACUCCAAAUCAUUUCCUGCUGUUAAGCUCAACUGGGGUUCAGCAACCGAUUAAGGCCCCGGUUAGUGAAGGAGAGUCGCUAAGAAGCAGUUGGAAUAUGAUGCAGUACACGCUGGACAACAUCUGGCGAAGGUGGAUCACCGAGUACCUGCCGACGAUAACCAGGAGGACUAAGUGGUUCCAAAAUGUCAGGCCGAUUAAAGAGGGUGAAUUGGUAGUCAUAGCGGAUGAGAAGGUCAGGAAUAGGUGGUUGAGAGGUCGGGUGGUGCGUACGUAUCCUGGUAAGGAUGGGACAGUGCGACAAGCUGAGGUGAUGACUUCGGGUGGCAUACUACGAAGGCCUGUCGUCAAGCUUGCACUACUGGAUGUGGAACCGGAAGAUGACGCCUAG